AUGGCAGAGUCUACGAACACCGGUUCGCCUGCGCAGAACGAUGCAUUGCCGCAAGACGCCGCCGCCCCGAAAGAUGAGCUCACCGACCAAGAGAUCAUGGCCUUGACGCAGCAGAUCAAGGAAGACGAGGCCAAGAAGUCACCACUCGUCGGGGAGAUCAUCGACUUGAGCCAGCUACAAGCCGAGUACGAGGGCGGACAGAGCGAUCAGAUCUUUGUGGCCAAAUUCCGUUACCUCUCGACGCAGGGCUACGAGCUCUUGCGCAAGCUGCGAGGCGACGGCGAUUGCUUCUAUCGUGCCUUUGCGUUUGCCUGGCUCGAGGAGAUUGCAACGCAGGGCGGUACAUUGGCUGCUCAAGCUCUAUCGCUCAUCGAAUUACAAUUGCCCCUCCUCGAGGCAGCAGGCUACGACAGCGAAAUAGUUCAAGAUUUCUAUGAGCCCCUGCGCACGAUGCUGGAGAAACUAGCGACAAGUAAAUCAGAGUCACACGAAGCCUACUUGCUUGAGAGGUUCAAUGAUGCAGAGACGAGCAACUCGACCGUCGUGUUCCUGCGCCUCAUCGCUUCGGCUUUCCUCAGAAGCAAUGCCGACGAGUUUCUCGCCUUCCUCUUUGCUUAUGAGGACGAUGCGCGCUUGUUGGAUGAGUCGGGCAUGCCGACGAUGCACAACUUCUGUCAGCUCUACAUCGAGCCGACUCAGAAAGAAGUAGAUCACUUGGGCAUCGUCGCUGUCACGCGAGCACUUCGGACCUCGCUCAAGAUCGCAGACCUCGAUCGCUCCCUCGUCGGCGCGCAAUCUGGCGAUACUCAGACCGCUCAGGUCAACUUUCACGACUUCGACGGCUCAAACGGUUCAGAACAAGCAAUGAUCGAAUUCCAUACAAACACGCUACUGCUAAGACCGGGUCACUAUGACCUCAUUCGCAAAACGUAG